ACAGUACACUCCACCAUGAAGCUCCUGAUACUGGCGUGUAUGUUAGCAGCAGCCACGGCCGGCUCACUUCAGAGCUACAGCCUACCAACACCCUCUGGCCCUGGCUUCUCAGUAGGCAGUUCCUCUACCGAUUUGGGAUCCUCUGCUGGCGGUACAGGAUUCUUUGGCGACUCUGGAAUUUCUGGUGGCUCUGAAUUUUCUGCGGGCUCAGGGUUCUCACGAUUCUCUGUUGGGUUAGGGAUCUCUGGAGGUUCAGGGUUCUCUGGAGGUUCAGGGAUCUUUGGGGGUUCAGGGUUCUCUGGAGGUUCAGGGAUCUCUGGAGGUUCAGGGUUCUCUGGGGGCCCCGGCCCGUUUGACAGCAGCUGUGGAGGAGGGCAGGUUCGUCAUGUGGACGGCAGCUGCGUGACUCCUCAGGUCACCCGAAACUUGUUCCGGUACAGAGUUCCUCCAGCAACCCCGAUCUUGGGUGCACGACCAAACGUUCCUCCACCAAAAGUUGAGGACAAUAUACUCUUCAUCGAAUUUCCAGAAGGACUUCUCAACCAAGAACCCAUUGUGGUACCACCACCACAACAAAGAAACGUUGUGUACGUCCUCAACAAGCGGCCUCACCAAGAUCACACGGUUGUCCACGCACCAGGACCUGAACAAGCGGCUCCUGAGGUGUUCUUCGUCAACUAUGCUGAGGGCGAGAACCCGACAUUACCCAGUGGUGGAGACCUCCAGUCCGCCCUCAGCUCAGCCUCUGACGGUGGUGGUGAACUUGUUGGCGAUAGCGGUGGCAGAGGUGGAGGCACUAGUGGCAUCGUCAGCAGCGGUGGCAGUAUCGUCGGCGUCAGUGACUUUGUUAGUGGCGGUGGCAGCGUCAGUGGCAUUAUCAGCAGCGGUGGCAGCAUCGUCGGCGUCAGUGAUAUUGUUAGUGGCGGUGGCAGCGGCACAUCCGGGACCUCCGCCCCUUCUGGUCUCUACGGUCUGCCCUAGGAAGAUGAAUCCCACACAGGCGCCGUAACUGUAAAGCCUUCAUGACUCUUCUUAAAGGCGGCAGUAAAUGUUAUUUCUAUGGUCAUAUUUGUGGUAAUUAUAUAUUACUAUUUAUUCUUUGCUGGAGAUGUUUUUACCUCUAAUAAUCAACUCCAGUAAGCCAAUACACACAAAAUAUUACGAAAACAGUAAAUAAUAUAAAACAG